AUGGACGAUAUUUAUAUUCUUAACAAUACGCUAGACGAAAUCGAACGCAGUCAAAUAGAGGAAAUCGCGCAAGUUCCAAAUGUUGAUAACAUGACAGUAUGUUCAUGUCGCGGAAUGUGUUCACGAGAAAAAGGAAGAAAUGCUUGUCCUUGCAAGGGAAUAGGACAUUAUUGUUCUUCUGUUUGCCACCCGGAAAGCCAGUCAUGCAUGAAUCGACAAAAUAUCGAAAGUGACACAGACGAGGACACAGAUUCGUUUGAAACAUUUGAAAGUCAAAGUGAAACGCAGGUAUGUGGAUGUUACCAAAAUAGUGUGUGUUUUUUUUACCAUAAUAGUAAUUUUGAAAUAUUUCAAUGUAAGAUUUUUUUGGCAGGAAUUAGGAGAGCAUGACACUGAUGAUGACGACAGUGAGAAAUCGGAUACCCCAGAACCACAAGCAAAGCGAGCGAGAGGUCGUACAAGUGGUUUAUCCCGCGGAGCUAGAGGCAGAGUUCGUGGUCAUGGUAGAGGGCCUAGAGGCCGUGGAAGAGAUCGUGGACGAGGUCGAGGAAGAUUAAUUGCAGAAGAUAAUUCCGAACAACGACUGGUUGCGCACGAACAACAGCUGCAG